UUUGAGGAUAUAAAACACGGGUUUUCGGAGAACCUUCGUGUGUUUUAGGAGGACAUGUGGGCGGUUUGGAAUAAUUGGCGUGGUUUUUAUUUCAGAGCAGCGACGAGGGGAUGCAGCAGUAGCGAUGGCUGUGGGCAGAGGGAGGAUCGGGCUGCUGAGUUAGCUUAGCUCUAAGCUAGCUAGAUGCCUUUACUCACAGAGAUAGAGAGAGAGACGCAGUCUUCAGUAGAGCUAGCAUUCAUUUCUUUUAUUUGAUGCUUUGUGUGAUUAACAAGCGGGUUUGUUUAUGUUCAGUGGUUCUCUCUCGGAGCGCUCAGGCUUGUGUGUAUAGAGAAGGCGGUUAUGCUGCUGACACGACAUCACUGACGCUGUGGGGGCCUUUUACACACAGCUCUUAAUACUCUGCAUAAAGUCUACAUUGUAAUUCAGAGUUCAUUUCACAUUUGCUAAUCCAAUAAACAUUUCAACUGGGUGGUUAAACUCGCUGUGAUGUUGCGAGGCACUGAGUAGCUGUUUUACUGUAAAUACGAUCAAAUAAACGUCCCUGCUUUAACCUUUAUGAUUAAACAGUAUAGAUUAGAUUUGACAUAGUUAGCUAAUGCAUUACUCUCCAGACCAAAUCCGACACUCGGGAGCAUUUGGAUCAAAUACCAUCGUGGAUCGGAAUGAUCAGCAGAAGAUCAUCAAGGAUUAAAAUGAUGCAGAUUCUCUGAGGAACACGGUCUUCGCCCCACCCAGGAUCCUGGCACCACGUUGACAGUUAGUCAUGUGUUUGCUGCCAUGAGAUAAGAGUGGCCUACGUGAGAGAACUGUGACCUUCGUCCUUCCGUAGUUCCCAUUUGAAACUUGAAUAUCAGAAUAUGACCACGCAGGUUCUUUUGCCACUCUCGGGACGCAGGAUACCCACGCUGUCUCCAGGUGCCUCGUCUUUCCCUCACCACAGAGCGACCUUGCGACUCUCUGAAAAGUUUAUCCUUCUCCUUAUCCUCAGUGCCUUCAUCACCCUUUGCUUUGGGGCAUUUUUUUUCCUGCCGGACAAUUCCAAACACAAGCGUUUUGACUUGGGUUUGGAGGAUGUUUUAAUACCGCAUAUUGAGCCAGGAAAGGAAGGACGGCAUACAAGCGGGCAUGUCAUACAUGGGCAAGGAGGAUAUGAUGAGCAUCGGCACAGGGAAGAGGAGGAGAGCCUGCGCAAUAAAAUCCGGGCGGAUCAUGAACGAGCGCUCCAGGAGGCCAAGGAGAAACUCCGCAAGUCCAAAGAGGAGCUGAGGGCGGAGAUUCAGACCGAAAAGAACAAGGUGGCAAAAGACUUAAAAAAGAAGGAUGGGCCAAAGCCUCUUCCUCCAGUACCCUUGCCUAAACUGGUGGGCAUCAAUGAUGGAGACCCUGGAGACCCUGAUGUUAAGGAGAAACGGGAUAAGAUCAGAGAGAUGAUGAAGCACGCGUGGGACAGCUACAGACAGUAUGGCUGGGGACACAACGAGCUCAAGCCUAUCGCAAAGAAGGGACAUUCCACUAAUAUAUUCGGUAAUUCUCAAAUGGGGGCCACAAUAGUAGACGCUCUGGACACGCUCUACAUAAUGGGACUCCAAGAUGAGUUCAAAGAUGGUCAAAAGUGGAUUGAAGAGAACCUAGACUUCAGUGUGAAUGCAGAGGUAUCUGUCUUUGAGGUCAACAUCCGUUUCAUUGGAGGACUGCUGGCUGCAUACUACCUGUCUGGCCAAGAAGUUUUUAAGGUGAAAGCCGUCCAGCUGGCUGAAAAACUGCUUCCUGCCUUUAACACCCCUACUGGUAUUCCUUGGGCCAUGGUCAACCUCAAGAGUGGUGUGGGUCGUAACUGGGGCUGGGCCUCGGCUGGUAGUAGCAUCCUGGCUGAGUUUGGAACUCUGCAUAUGGAGUUUGUACACCUCACAUAUCUGACUGGGAACCCUGCCUACUAUCAAAAGGUGAUGCAUAUCAGGAAGUUGCUGGCUAAGAUGGACAGACCCAAUGGCCUUUAUCCGAACUACCUGAACCCACGGACUGGCCGCUGGGGCCAGCACCACACAUCAGUGGGUGGCCUCGGCGACAGUUUCUACGAGUAUCUUCUCAAGGCUUGGCUUAUGUCUGAUAAAACAGACAUAGAGGCUCGCAAGACCUACGAUGAAGCUAUCGAGGCUAUUGAGCGUCACCUCAUCCGAAAGUCCAACGGAGGCCUCACUUUCAUUGGCGAGUGGAAGAACGGCCACCUCGAGCGCAAGAUGGGUCACCUGACCUGCUUUGCCGGGGGCAUGUUCGCACUGGGAGCUGAUGGGUCGCCUGGAGACAAGGCUGGCCACUACCUGCAGCUGGGAGCAGAGAUUGCACACACCUGCCAUGAGAGUUACGAUCGUACAGUUUUAAAGCUUGGUCCAGAGGCCUUCAAGUUCGACAGUGGGCUGGAGGCGGUGGCUGUAAGGCAGAACGAAAAAUAUUAUAUCCUGAGGCCAGAGGUGAUCGAGACCUACUGGUACAUGUGGAGAUUCACCCAUGAUCCCAAAUACAGACAGUGGGGCUGGGAGGCUGCUCAGGCUAUAGAUAAAUAUUGCAGAGUCAGUGGAGGAUUUACUGGAGUAAAAGACGUCUAUUCUUCCAAUCCCACCCACGAUGACGUCCAGCAGAGCUUCUUCUUGGCUGAAACUCUUAAGUAUCUGUAUUUGCUGUUCUCCAGUGAUGACCUGCUGCCUCUGGAUAGCUGGGUGUUCAACACUGAAGCUCACCCGCUGCCUGUGCUACAUCUGGGCAACAUCACUCUGCCUGGUAGUGUCCCACAGUGAUAAAGGAGUCAUAGCAAAGAGUGUUGUCGUUCUUUCUUGUCCAGGAGUUGAGGACCUCCUCCAUCUGACCACUGUCUCACCUGGACUCUGGGAUUUUACUGCCAAUCAGAGGAGCCUAGAAUACCCACAUACUCAUGACUGCUCAUCUAUAUCUCUUGUGUAUGUUUUCACCAUCUCUAGUACGCUGUUAUUCAGAAAAGACAGCUUGUAUAAGUAAGCCAAUGGUGGCAUUUGUAAAGUCUUUCGACAUACCACAGCCCAGUGAACAAAAGAAGCAGCACUGAUGUUGAUUAACAAACAUGAGAAAGUUGUAUUUUUCUCUAUGAAGAAAAGGAUUUUAUGAGACUUGAUCUUAUCAAUUUUUCAUUGCUUUUAUUGCUAUAUUGCUGCAGCAGGACAAUUUGCUCUCCAGCUAAAUCCCUCGCUUUCCUUCUAAACCCAAGCCGGACCUGGAGCUACGGGGGGGCAGCAGCUGGUUAACGCGACCGUCCCAAAACUCUCUCGGAGAGAAUGUAGACACCCUGGGAUUAUUUUGGCUUGUUUCGUACUGAUACACUAUGCGUGUGAUUGUAAUUCUUGUGUUAGUAUGCUAUCAGUCUCCAGCACACUUCAGUCAAAUUCUAGUCCAUAUUUUAAGCCAGACCCGUUCUUGGUUUGUAAUGGUUUGUUGGUGAAACGACUUUUUAUUUGCAUUGGUUUGCUGCUAUGGAUUAGAUGCUGCUUCAACCAGGAAUUUUCACACAUUCACAUUUAACAUCCCUUAUUUCCAAAUUCUUCUUUCUUUCCUAGUUAACCUCUCAUCUGUUUUUAUGUCGCUGUACAACCUAGCAAACCUCUUAACUGACUGAGCAUGUUCUCUGUUUGCUGUUGUCCACUUCACUUUCAGAAAAUUGCUUUGUCUGGUUCUCAUCCACACGAUGCUGCGCUUUAAACUUACCAGAUUAGUAUUAGAUUUGUUUCACCACAGAUUUGUUUUGCUGUGCCAGAGAAAGAAGGGUCGCAGAUCUUUUUUUUCUUCCUGUUGUCUUUUUUUCCCCGUGUUCAGACUGUAUCGCUUUAUUACUGUACUGUAUUUUUCUAGCAGCUGAAUUUUACCUCUGAGCAAAGCCAAGUCUUGUCAACAGACAACCAACAACACAAAUAUUUAAUUACUACUGCAACUUUAAAUAAGUUAGGAUUUUAAGUACUCAUUGAAGUAACCUGAAACAAAUUCCAUAAUACCUCCUUAUUGUGUGUUUAAAAUAAUUAACUAUACGUAUAUAUACACACACUCUUGGUUGAAAACCUUUUACAGUCCAAGGCUUUUGUAUUUUAAUGGUCAAAGGUAAAAUCAUAGUUUGCAUACAAAGAAUCACAGCCCUCUGAUCAAGUUUUGACUGACUAAUGUCAACCUCACAAAAAGGAAAAUCUAAAAUAACUAGUUAUAAAAUGCUUGCAAUUGUUAUUGUGGUGGACCUUUUAUGUUCUAACAGUAACUUGAUUCCAUGCUAAAUUCCACAGUUACGCAGAUAAAAGACCCUAAAUUAUUCUGUUCUUUCCAUGAUAAAGCUACCUUGCAAUGUCAUGAUGUUGUUUGACUAAGCCACAGGCUUCUAGAAGUUUGGACCACUUAUAAUCAUUCCAGACAGUCGAUCGAUCGGUAGAUCAUAUUUUUACCAGUGCAGACAACUGUCACUCAAGCACUUGUUUCCGGCUUUAGUUAGCUGAAUGGGCUUUUCCACAUCUCCACAGCAUGCUGCGCUGCGCCACUGAACCUGGUGGAAAGACCGCAGUGUUUAGAGAUGCGUCAACAAGGCUUUUAGUCAGGAAAGACUUGUUCCACCGCUGCUGUGUUUUCCCACAUGCGAACAACUUGCUUCACACUGACCUUUAGUCUCUCAAUAGCCUGGUGAGACAGCAACAUAUUCAUACAGUAUCAGUUCCCCUUCGUGAAAGCAGUAUGACAGGUUUAGCAUGCCACGUGAGAAUGGUUAUCAAUAGUACUUCCAUGUUUAUCUCCAUUCUCUCUAAACAUGGCGUUCCUCCUGUUCACCACUUCUACUACUCUAGAUCUUUUAAACUCUAGACCACGUUUUCAUUGAUUUUUCAGUCCUUCGGGUGGCAGUAUCAGCAGCCCUCUGAUGCUCUCAUUUUAGCCCCUGGAUCCGUUUCUUUCAGCAUUUCCUGGCUUGCAUCAGUUUGAUAUUAUUUCUUGUUAUGGUGGAAAAGCCCAGACCAACGUGGCCACUGUCGUUGCUGGGUGGAUUGUGAGAGUUUUGUUCUGUAUUUGUAUUUUUACUGAACAAAAAGUACUGUACAUAUGUUUAAAAUGUGACACAUUCAAUAAAGACGUUAUGAAAAGUGAACUAAA